AUGGAACACGCGUGCGCCCGCCGAAGCCACCGCCGCACCACCGCCCUGCCCGGAAGAUCCCCGAGCACGGUACAGGCGCGCUCCGAGGUGCGCACGGUGCAGGCCGGCCUCCGCGCGGGAAGGGAGGCCGACCCGUCGUGGCAGCUGGGCGACCUCCUCGCGGCGGUCCCCGAGCAGGAGGAGGCGGCCGGCCACAAACUACGCGUCCUGUUCGGUGGGGCGGAGCUGUGCGGCGCCGCGACGCUGGGCGAGAUCGGGGUCCAGGGCGGCAGCGAGCUGACCCUCGUGGUCACCAGGAGGCGCCGCAUAGUGGCGUGCGACGUGGCGGUGGCGAAGAUCUGGGACGCGGACUCCGGGGAGUGCCUGCGGACGCUGGAGGGCCACCGGGACAUCGUGUGGUCCGCCGUGUUCUCGGCAGACGGGCAGCGGGUGCUGACCGCCUCGGAGGACGGGACGGCGAUGAUCUGGGACGCCGACUCCGGGGCGUGCCUGCGCACGCUGGAGGGCCACCGGCGGGCCGUGAGGUCCGCCGUGUUCUCGGCGGGCGGGCAGCGGGUGCUGACCGCCGCGUGCGACUGUACGGGGAAGAUCUGGGCCGCGGACUCCGGGGAGUGCCUGCGGACGCUGGAGGGCCACUGGAGCUACGUGACGUCCGCCGUGUUCUCGGCGGACGGGCAGCGGGUGCUGACCGCCUCGCAGGACGGGACGGCGAAGAUCUGGGCCGCGGACUCUGGGGAGUGCCUGCGCACGCUGGAGGGCCACGAGGGCCCCGUCACGUCCGCCGUGUUCUCGGCGGACGGGCAGCGGGUGCUGACCGCCUCGUGCGACGGGACGGCGAAGAUCUGGGCCGCGGACUCCGGGGAGUGCCUGUGCACGCUGGAGGGCCACCAACACUACGUGAAUUCCGCCGUGUUCUCGGCGGACGGGCAGCGGGUGCUGACCGCCUCGUGCGACCGGACGGCGAAGAUCUGGGCCGCGGACUCCGGGGCGUGCCUGCGCACGCUGGAGGGCCACCGGUUCCCCGUGAGGUCCGCCGUGUUCUCGGCGGACGGGCAGCGGGUGCUGACCGCCUCGCGGGACCAGACGGCGAAGUUCUGGGACGCCGACUCCGGGGAGUGCCUGCGCACGCUGGAGGGCGCCGGGGACAGGGCCUGCUUCGCGCCUUCACGCCCGCUACCGAUUGUGCUCAAGCUGACACCGGCGCCGCCGCGCCGGGAGACGCAUCCCCCGCUUCCCAUGGCCUGGCGAUUUGGCCAGCGGUACCUGGACUGGCUCGUCGGCACCGUCUCGCAGACGGUCGUGAGUUGGUCGGCCCGCUGCCCGGCGUGCCCCGCCUGCCCGCAGCCGCCGGCGUGCCCAGCCUGCCCCUCGGCGGCGCCGAUCCACUUCCCCCCGCCGGCCGCCUGUCCGGCGGCUCCCGGGGCGCCGGCCACCGCGCCCGCGCCCCAGCCGGCCGCCCAGGAGCCUGAGAGCCUCUCCUGGACGGGCGGGCGGCUGACUUGCUUCCUGGUCGCCAUCAACCUGUUGGUCUUCAGCUCCCACGUGGUGCGGCAGGUGAUUCAGGAUCCGACUGAUGCCCGCUGGUCCCCCCUGCGGGUGCUGAUAUCGACGCCGGAUGGCGGCGUAUACGAAGAGCUGUACGACUUGUCUGAUGGGACUUCGGCUGCGGUUCGCUUCGAGGACGACAGGGGCACCCGCCCAGCUGGCCUGGAGGUCGGGAACCUCUACCGCUUCCGGCGCGCGCUGACGGGGGCCGAGGAGGUGGCCAUCUGGAGCGAGGUGGACGCCUACGCCCGCGACGUGUUCCUCGUCGCGGAGCGCGCGGCCGGACGGCCCGGGGUGGUGCCUCCGGCGGGCGCUGCCGUCUACUUCACGAUCGCAGCCGCGGCUGGAGGCGCGGUCGCGCCUGGGCCCGCUCCCGCCGCCCCUGCCGCCGGGGGAGGGGCAGCUGUGGCCGCCGCGCUGGCGGUGGUGCCGGCCGACCCCGCCGCGCCCGCGGCUGGGCCGCCCGCUGGUGCCACCCCCAUGGCGGCAGCAGCCGCUCCGCUCGCCGCUGCGGGAGCUCCCGCAGGACCCUUGGGGCCGAGUGCCUUGCCUAUGGCUGACGUGCAGUGGGUCUACGUCGAGGCCACGACGACGGCCAGGCGCAGGGACCCUGUCACGAUGGACGGGACCGACCUCAUCCGGGGGGCUAUCGGCCUGAAGCAGGACGCUGGCGGGAGCUGGUCGGCCCUCAGGGUGAUCAUGACCUCGCAGGCCGCCUACCGCGGCGCCGAGUCCCUCGCCGACGCUCGCCUCCAGCCUGUGCCACUGCUUAGUGACGGCUCGCGGCAGCGCGGGCAGUUCCACGAGGGUGUCGACAAGCUCCGCGAGGAGCCCUUCCCCGACUGGCCGCGGGACGGCCCGAGGACCACGCUGUGGUGCCUCCGCUCCUUGGACAGGAAGCGCGGAGGGGCCAUCGAGCACUUCCACCAGUUCGUGUCCUACUACCGGCUGUAUCGCGACGACUUCGGGGAGACACACUACGAGGCCAUCAUGCGGAUGGUCGACUACCUGAUGACGUGGGACCUCAUCGACUUGCCCAAGGUGGUGGGCGUCGGGGUCAUGCUGCGGCAGGCGCAGCUGUACAAGUAUAUGUACGCCAUGGAGUACGAGGUGGGGGUUUUCACGGGCGCGGCCCACGAGGACGGCCGCACGAUGGUGGCUCCGGCACUACUGGAGCACGAGGCCAAGCAAGUUGAGCGCGACGCUGGGAUCCUUAAGCAGAUCAGGCGACUCCACAGGACCAGUCACCGCCGCGAGAUGGUCGUCGACGCCAUCCGCGCCAUGAAUGAGAUGUACACUGGUUCGAGCUGCCCGCGGCCCACCGGCCUCACCGGCCCGACGACCGCCCAGCAGGAGGCUCUGGCGGUGAUCCAGGAGGCCGUCGACGCCUUCGGAGUGCCCCCGCCCGACCUCACUCCCGCAGGAGCCCUUGAGGAGCUCCGCGUCGCGCAGUCAUACGACCAGGAGUCUGCCGUGAUUGCGCCGGUGACCUUCGACCGCGUCGAUCUGAUCUCCCUGCCGAGCGUGGGCUCCGAACCGAAGUCCUUGUCUGCGCUCAUCGGGGAUGACAGCGUGAGUAUUGGUCACCGCCUUCAAGAACUACUUUUGCCCCGUGAGCGGGGGCUUGCCCGGGUCGCGGAGCACGCUCCGAAGAGGGCGUAUUCGGAUCCCAACUUGAGGAACCCUCGCUUAUAUAAGAAAGUAUCGCACCGUCUUUUGUCAUCGCACCUCGUUGAGUUUCAUACCGAUGCGCUGAGCUCAGUGGGAAUGUUUUUCGUCUAUAAGAAGUCAGGGGCCCUGAGGCUCAUACUGGAUGGUCGGAUCCCCUCCCAGUUGUUCGACGAGCCCCCCAAAGUGAAGCUGGCAACUGGGGCCGCGUUCUCCCAACUCCGAGUUGACAGUCGGGAGCCUGUGUGUGUCGCUGGUGUGGACAUCGCGGAUGCCUUCUAUACCAUGUUGCUCCCACCUUGGCUUCGGCGGUACUUCGGACUCCCUAAGAUCAGGGCUGGGGAGAUGGGGAUCUCGGUCGACGCGAAUGGAAGACCCGUGUCGCCUACGCAGUGGGUCCAUCCGUGCUUCAGGUGCCCUCCGAUGGGAUUCAGUCUCAGUCUUUGGUUGUGUCAGUCAGUGAAUGAGAUUGUCUCGCAGCGUGCUGGCCUCGUCAGGCCGGAGCGUGUCCUGGUCGAUCGCCUACCUGCCCCUGUCGUCGACUCAGGCGUUGUUCAUACCGAGUACGUCGACAACUUCGUUGCUCUGUCGCUAUCGGAGGCCUCUGCUACUGCUGCUGCCCGUCAGGUCAAUCAUCAUAUGCGUGCUGUGGGAUUGCCUACCCACGGGGUGGAGAGCGGAGUGGGCGGGGAGACUCUUGGCUGGUCCUUCGACCCGGACUCGCCCGUGAUCUCGCUCAACCCCAGGCUUAGGUGGAAGUUGUACCUUGGGAUUCAGGAAGUCCUCCGACGUGGGUUCUGUUCUGGAAAGGAGAUGGUGAGGAUCGUUUCGCACAUCACGUCCAGGGUGCUCAUUAGGAGGGAGCUCCUCUCGUGCCUGGGGGCCGUCUACAAGUUCGGGGAGGUGUACCACAAUCGAACCGUUCCAGACUGGCCCGAAGUCUCCGACGUGGACCCUAGCUUCGAGGAGGUCCCGCCCGACAUCUGGAGGGACCACUGGCACCCGGUCCUCUCGGUGCCCUGGCGGCGCCCAGCUCCUCAGGUCAUCCUGGAGGCCAGGGCCGGCGUGAUGGCGCUCAAGCACAAGCUUCGCUCCAAGAGGUCCUUUCGGAAGGCCCACGUGAUGCUGAAUGAUGCCAUGGCUCCCAUCUUGGCUCUGGCAAAGGGGCGAUCGUCGGCGCCCGCCCUCCUCGCCGUCUGCCGGCAGGUGGCAUGUCUGCUGCUGGCCUCAGGCUCGGCGGCGUACUGGAGGUGGCUGCCGUCCGAGUUCAACUCUGCCGACCCAGCAUCACGGAACCGGCCUGGUGCUAGGCGGCCCGCGGCAGCUCCAGCAGCCCCAGCGCCCGCCUACCUCGGGCGCCGGGGCCGCUCCCAGAGCGCAUCUGCGCAGUCCUGGGGGGACCAGGCGGACCGCCGAGUUGCCAGGAGGCGCGCCUUCCCCGCCGCCAACACGGCGGCGACCUCGGGCUCGCUGACCUUCCUGGGGACGCAGGCCGUGGGGGAGGCGACCCGCCAGGACUUUGCCGACAGGGUGUCGAGGUUCACGGGGUGGGCGACCUCGGUCCGACUGCCGAUCGGGAAGGUGCCCGAGCUGGACGUCGCACUGGUGACCUCCUUCAACCAGCUGUUCUACGACGGUUACCCGAGCGAGGAGGCGACGAAGUACAUGGCGGCACUGGUUCAUUGCCGCGCGGCGCUCGGUCGGCUGCAGGUGGCCUUCCCGAGGGCCGCUCGGGCUGCGAAGGGCUGGGCCCGGCUGGUACCACCACGAUCUCGGGUGCCGCUGCCCUGGCCGAUUGCUUGCCUGAUGAUCGGCUGGAUGCUGAAUGCAGGCGAGACGGCAGCGGCGGCGGCGACGGCGGCCUGCUUCGCGCUGUACCUCCGACCGGCAGAGCUGCUCGGCCUGACGCGCGAGCAGGUGAUCCCGCCUGCCGAGGGCGCCCCUCCGGGGCGAACCUUCCUGAACUUCUGGUUGGUGGUCCUACAUCCAAUGGAGUGCGCUCAGCCUUCGAAGACGGGAGUCUACGACGAGGGCCUCCUUCUGGACAACCCGGGGUUCACCUGGCUGCCACCGCUGCUGCAGGCGCUGCGUGCCCGAGCCGCGCCAGGCAGCCGCGUCUUCGACCUGAGCUACAACCAGAGGGCCCUGGUCUUCAGGCGUGCUGCGGCCGCGCUGCACCUCGGCGUCCUGGGACCGCCAUCGCUCUACACCCUCCGACACGGGGGGGCCUCCCACGAGUACCUCGCAAAGUUCAGAAGCCUCGACGAGACCAACAAGAGAGGGAGGUGGGUGUCGGACUUGUCCCCACGGCGCUACACCAAAGGGGGUCGCGUGGCAGGGCUGAUGCGACGGCUUCCGAUCUCCGAGCAGCGCCGCGCCACGCGCCUGGUCGGCACCAUUGGCGGGCGCCUAUCCAACAUCUGGCUCGGGCUGGAGGCCGACCCGUCGUGGCAGCUGGGCGACCUCCUCGCGGCGGUCCCCGAGCAGGAGGAGGCGGCCGGCCACAAACUACGCGUCCUGUUCGGUGGGGCGGAGCUGUGCGGCGCCGCGACGCUGGGCGAGAUCGGGGUCCAGGGCGGCAGCGAGCUGACCCUCGUGGUCACCAGGAGGCGCCGCAUAGUGGCGUGCGACGUGGCGGUGGCGAAGAUCUGGGACGCGGACUCCGGGGAGUGCCUGCGGACGCUGGAGGGCCACCGGGACAUCGUGUGGUCCGCCGUGUUCUCGGCGGACGGGCAGCGGGUGCUGACCGCCUCGGAGGACGGGACGGCGAUGAUCUGGGACGCCGACUCCGGGGCGUGCCUGCGCACGCUGGGCCACUGGAGCUACGUGACGUCCGCCGUGUUCUCGGCGGACGGGCAGCGGGUGCUGACCGCCUCGCAGGACGGGACGGCGAAGAUCUGGGCCGCGGACUCUGGGGAGUGCCUGCGCACGGUGGAGGGCCACGAGGGCCCCGUCACGUCCGCCGUGUUCUCGGCGGACGGGCAGCGGGUGCUGACCGCCUCGUGCGACGGGACGGCGAAGAUCUGGGCCGCGGACUCCGGGGAGUGCCUGUGCACGCUGGAGGGCCACCAACACUACGUGAAUUCCGCCGUGUUCUCGGCGGACGGGCAGCGGGUGCUGACCGCCUCGUGCGACCGGACGGCGAAGAUCUGGGCCGCGGACUCCGGGCAGUGCCUGCGGACGCUGGAGGGCCACGGGGGCCCCGUCACGUCCGCCGUGUUCUCGGCGGACGGGCAGCGGGUGCUGACCGCCUCGGAGGACCGGACGGCGAAGAUCUGGGCCGCGGACUCCGGGGCGCUGCCUGCGCACGGGCUGGACCGGGCCAGACCGGAGGUCGCCGACGGGGAGUGCCUGCGCACGCUUUCUGCGCCUGAUCGCCCGAGGGGCUGGCGGCGCCGAGCGGGGGCGCCGGCGGAGGCCUCUCCCCUCCGCCCGCCCUCCCUCUUCCUUUCCCAUCCCUGCUCCCCCUCCGAGAUGCCCCCAGCGCGGCCCUUCCUCCCCCUCCCUUUCCCGCCCCAGCUUCCCCCCGCCAAGAUGCCCCUCUCCCUCCCUUGGCCCCCCCCCCCUCCCAGAGCCCUCCCCCUCCCAGAGCCCCCCCCUCCCAUGCCCCCCCCUUCCAUGCCCCCCCACUUCCUUGUUCCCUCCCUCCCCUGGCAGUCCCUGCAGGACAGGGCUGGGGGCGGGGUCGCCCCGCUCGGAAUCCCCUCCUCCGCCUUCCCCGGGCCCUCCUGGUCCUCCCAACCCGUCCGCUUUGGUUCCUGCUGCUGUUGUUCGUCAUCCUCCCUGUCCUCCCGCUCAUCUUCCCCGCUCACCCACCAACUCCUCUUCCUCCUGUGGCGCGCAGCUUCCCGUUUCUUGAUUGCGCAUAACACGAAAGGGUCUUUCUGUGGGCGUCGCAGGUCAGCUAUGACACGCGUCCGCGGAUGGAGGAAGACCAGCGCCAUGGGAGGGCAUGGGAGGGAGAGACAGGAUGUCAGAUGA